AUGCAAGGACCCCCACCAGCAGGCCAGCACCAGCCCAAGCUGCUCCUGAUCGGAGACUCAGGUGUGGGCAAGACUUGCCUCAUCAUGCGAUUUGCUGAUGACAACUUCAGCGCUUCGUUCACCUCUACCAUCGGAACUGCCACCAGGAUCGAUUUCAAGCUCAAGUCAAUGAAGAUAGACGGACAAGAACUGCGGCUGCAAAUAUGGGACACGGCAGGACAAGCCUACUACAGGGGAGCACACGGCGUGAUGCUCGUGUUUGACCUCACAUCAGCGCAGUCCUUUACAAGCGUGCGAAGUUGGAUGCGAAACAUCACUGAGUACGCAGGCAAAGAUAUCCUCAAGGUGCUGGUGGGCAACAAAUGCGACCUUGCCGAGAAGCGGGCGGUGCCGGCAGACAAGUGCGAGGCUCUAGCCAAGGAGUACGACAUUCCAUACUUCGAGGUCAGCGCCAAAGCAGGCACCAAUGUGGAGGAAGCGUUUGUGAACAUUGCGACGCGCAUCAAGCGGGAGGUGAUCGACGCCCUGCCGGCCUCAGAAGAGCCGGUCUCGGUGGACAAGCCCGUGGGGAGCUCCAAAGACUGGAACAGGGCCAUACGCAUGCGAGGCGGCUCGGCCACCACCGACGGCAGCUCCUCCGGCAAAGCGACCACGUCCUGCUGCGGCUCCUGA